AUGGCCAGCGAGACUGAAGACGCCGCUCGCCGGAAGACGGCGAUUCAGGACUACCGGAAAAAGCUCCUCAGUCACAAAGAACUCGAGAGCCGCGUCCGAUCGGUUAGAGAGAAUUUAAGAGCCACAAAGAAGGAAUAUGCUAAAACAGAAGAUGAUUUAAAGUCACUUCAGAGUGUUGGACAGAUCAUAGGCGAAGUUCUCAGGCCUCUGGAUAAUGAGCGCUUGAUAGUCAAAGCCAGCAGUGGUCCAAGAUAUGUGGUUGGCUGCCGCAGUAAAGUAGACAAAGAGAAACUUACAGCUGGCACGAGAGUAGUUCUUGAUAUGACAACUCUCACUAUUAUGCGAGCACUUCCUCGUGAGGUUGAUCCAGUUGUGUAUAAUAUGCUUCAUGAAGACCCUGGGAAUGUAAGCUAUUCGGCUGUGGGUGGGCUGUCAGAUCAGAUCCGAGAACUGAGAGAAUCUAUAGAGUUGCCUCUGAUGAAUCCUGAACUCUUCCUAAGGGUUGGCAUUAAACCUCCAAAGGGUGUUCUUCUUUAUGGUCCUCCCGGAACUGGCAAGACAUUGUUAGCCAGGGCAAUUGCUAGCAACAUAGAUGCAAAUUUCUUGAAGGUUGUAUCAAGUGCCAUUAUCGAUAAGUAUAUAGGUGAGAGUGCAAGAUUGAUCAGGGAAAUGUUUGGUUAUGCUCGUGAGCACCAACCUUGCAUCAUAUUUAUGGAUGAGAUUGAUGCCAUUGGUGGACGUCGUUUCAGCGAGGGAACAAGUGCUGACCGUGAAAUUCAAAGGACAUUGAUGGAGUUGCUCAACCAGCUUGAUGGGUUUGACCAGCUUGGAAAGGUUAAAAUGAUAAUGGCGACAAACAGACCUGAUGUUCUAGACCCUGCUCUUCUUCGUCCUGGUCGCUUAGACCGGAAAAUUGAAAUACCACUUCCCAAUGAACAGUCAAGAUUGGAAAUUCUCAAGAUCCAUGCUGCAGGAAUCGCCAAGCAUGGGGAAAUUGAUUACGAGGCUGUUGUUAAACUUGCCGAGGGGUUUAAUGGGGCUGACUUGCGUAACAUUUGCACUGAAGCUGGUAUGUCAGCAAUUCGUGCUGAGCGUGAUUAUGUAAUCCAUGAAGAUUUCAUGAAGGCCGUAAGAAAACUGAAUGAAGCGAAGAAGCUCGAAUCAAGUGCACAUUAUAAUACUGAUUUCGGGAAGGAAUAG